AAAGGAUUGAAAUUUGUUUGUUAUCUAAAUUUACCCAAAUAGAGAGAGAGUUUUAGUCUUUAUUUCUUACCUUUGAAGCGAACAAUAGUCGCUAGUUAUAACGUCCAAGUUAUAUUCCUUUAUACACUUUACUCACUCCCAUUCCCGAACCCCCCACUCUUUCUUUUCACGUUUUUUGCUUUCAGAUCCCCGAAAACACAAACACUCCCUCCCUCCCUCUUUGCCUAUAUAUACAACCUCUUCAAAAUUCUCCUGUAUCAACCCAGAUUUUUCAGGAAAAGACGCAUAAUCUUCAGGAAGAUGUGCUGCGGAGGAAAGAUGUGCAUGCUGUGCACAUGUGUGAUUCUGGUUGUGAUUGCAAUUGGUCUCAUCUUUGGAUUUGGGGUCUACAAGAAUGGGUUUCACAAGUUGAAGGAUUCAAUCCAUGUUUCUGGGUAUGAUCCAGCUUCUUCUUAUACUGCUGGAACUGGAAGGCCUUUCUUGGGUUACGGAGUUCCUCCUGCUCCUUUUUAGGGAUUCAUUUCAUUUAUUUCUCUCCUUCUCUCAUUUUAAUUCUCUAGGGUUCUUUUUCCUUUUUUCUUUUUCAUUAAUGUUUGUUGCUAGGGAUAUGUGAUUAUUUGUUUGGAUUUUUUUAUUUUAAAAUUGGCUUUAUUAUUA